UACUUAAAUUACUUUCCAAAAGACAAAUUGAGUUGAAACUACCAAUGCAAUGGUAUGAUUUCAUACUGUAAACAAUAACUUCUGUUCCUGUGUAGUUUGCUGCCACGAAUGUCAAGAGAAUGAAGAAGCCUUUUUAACUUUUCACUGUUGUUUUUUUCAGAUUCCUGCCUUUCACAGUGUGUAUCUGUGAAAUUUCCAAAAGAACAGCAGGCUUUCUCAGUGAGUGAGAUUUACCAAGUUCAAGAAGGGAAUUAGAGUAACGAUUUCAAGAUGCCAGGCGGUGCAAGGAUCUCAUUCAACUGUGUGGAUUCCUCUCUUUCAUCUCUGAAAAACUGCCAGUCUUACAUAAAUACUGGAAUGGAUAUUGCUACUCACGUUGCCCUUGACCUUGUGGAAAGUUUCAAUGAUGUAGAGGAUGUUGACAGUAUGGAAAAUGUGAUGUUAGAAUAUGCCGCAAUGGACAGAGAACUUAACCAUUACAUGAGAGCAAUUGAAGAAACGGUAAAUCAGGUCGUUGGUGAGGAUAUUGAACAAUUUCGGCCCUGCUGUUGACCACUAAAAUACACUGCUUGGUACUGGCUACCAAUUGGAUAUCAAACUGGUGUUUACUGUGAGCGUUAGCCUCCGAGCCCAGCUGUCCCGGUAAUUUUCAGUCUACCUGCCAGACCAUUUGAUUACAUCCACCAUUCUCCCCACAUCUGCAUUUCAGGUCAGUUCCUCGCAUAAGGCAAUCAGUUCGAUCAAGCAUGAACUGCCCUUUGUAAGUCCGAGUUGAUUGUUGCUUUUUGUUCUCUGCAUGUUUGGAGGUGGCUUCCAAAAGGAUGUGGUAUGUAAUCUUUCCAGGGGCUGAGGUGAGGCCAGCUGGCCUG